AUGACUUUCUACUCUUCAAUACUCUUGAUUUCAAUUACAUCUGAACCAGGCGAAUUCGGCUUGUACCAAAGAUUCCUUUUCGUCAUACUCAUGCUGUUCUGCUUCUUCCUGACCUUCGUCUACUUCACACAAUUGUUCCUGAUCGUGGUGCCGGUCGAGUUUUGGUGCGAGAUGCCAACAGUGGAGGGCUUCACCUCGGAGGAAUUAAGGGACUACAUGAUACCAAGCUCGACUUUGGUCGCUUACGAGGGGCACGAUUUGCCCUAUUCUCGAUGCUGGAUAUACGACGUACCCGUGAAAACAGCGAUGGAGGCCAAGGAGCCCGAUCCAAAAUGGCCGAUGAAGAAGUGCGACAAAUGGCACUUCAAAACGACCCCUUUUGACGUGCCUUACAUAUCUGUCGCGGCCGAAUUUGGCUGGGUUUGCGACGACGCGUACAAAGUGACACUUGCUCAGAGUAUAUUUUUCAGCGGUUCCAUUCUCGGGGGUUUAAUAUUCGGCUGGCUGGGCGACAAAUACGGAAGGAUCCCGGCCGUCGUUUUGUCCAAUUUAUUGGGGUUUAUCGGUGGCCUCUCCACCAUAUACAUCCACACAUUCUGGCAAUUCUGCGUAUGCAGGUUCAUCGUUGGCGUGUCCUUCGACAGCACCUUCGUGUUCGCUUAUAUAUUAGUCCUGGAGUACGUGGGGCCCGGGUGGCGCACGUUCGUCGCCCACGUCUCCUUCGGCCUGUUCUACACAUUUGGCGCGAUAUGCAUGCCGUGGAUGGCCUACUUCAUAGCCGAUUGGAGAACGUUCGCCCUGGCGACGACCAUACCUCUCCUCACCGUCCUAUUAAUGCCGUUAUUUAUUCCUGAGAGCGUCAGGUGGUUGAUCGGGAUGAAGAAAAUACGCAAGGCCAUGAAGAUUAUCUCGUUGAUCGAGAAAAUAAAUCAGAACAAGAUACCCGAGGACGUGUACGAGGAAUUCCAGGAGGACUGCGAGAAAGCUAUAGCCAUAUUGGCCGAGGACGAGAUGUACACGCUGCUGGAUCUGUUCAAGACAAGGCGUUUGAAAAGGAUCACCAUCCUGCUGACAUCAGUGUGGGGCAUAAUCCAGAUGUGCUAUGACGGGCACAUAAGGUGCCUGGACACCCUCGGCCUGGACGUGUUCAGCACGUUCACGAUCGCCUCCAUCACCGAGUUCCCGGCCGAGAUGUUGGUCGUGUCCACCCUGGACACGUUCGGCCGAAGAUGGACGUUGUUCACGGCUAUCACCGUCUCAGCCGUGUUCAGCACGUUCGCCGCCCUCGUGCCCACGGUGGGCCUGACCUUCGCCUCGUUCGCGAUCUGCAGCCGCCUGUUCAUCAACGUGGCGUCGAACAUCGCGCUUCAAUACGCGGCCGAACUCCUGCCAACCGUUGUCCGUGGCGAGGGCGUGGCGUUUAUACACGUGAUGGGAUACGUCACCUCGAUCUUCAGCCCCUACAUCGCCUUCUCCGCCAGGAUAAUGUACAACCUGCCGAUGAUCAUACUCGCUGUAUCGUGCUUCUUCGGCGGGACCAUGUGCCUGUUCCUCCCGGAAACCUUGAUGGAACAGUUGCCCCAAUCGUUGGUGGAUGGAGAGUUGUUCGGGAUCGAUCAAAUUUUUUGGGAGACACCAUUGACGAGGAAGAAACCUUUGGAGCCGGUAGGGCUCCAUUUGCACGCGAAACGUCCGGUCAGACGACCAGAUCUGUUGCGAAGCAGUAUGAUUUCCGGUGUCAAGGGCAUAAAGAGACGACACACUAAGUUACUAGAGAAAAUAGACGAAAUGAGAAUCACUCAAAAUCAGUAA